AUGAGGAAGUCGCCGACAGCAUACAGCGGAUGUCAACAACAUGGUGCCGUAGAGAUGGCGUCGAACAUUUACGGACUUUUACGGCUCUUCUACCUCAGUUGAAGACAUACAAUCCACGGGCGGAGGGAACUAAGAGCUGCUGUGCCACAAUGAAAGCGAACAGAGGCAACAUGCUGGAUGCCGGAGUGUUCAACAAGGUCAAAUAUUCAAGGCUUGCUGCGGAUGACGAUGGAUACAUUGACUUACAGUUUAAGAGGAAUCCACCAGUUGUCCCAUACAAGGCAAUCGCACUGGCACUCUUCCUCUUUUCGGUUGGCUCCUUACUCAUCAUCUUCGGAGCUCUUCUUCUGUCUGGCACGAUUGAGGUUGAGCACCGAGACCGCACCAUCCCUGUCAUCAUCAUCGGGAUUCUGGUGUUUCUUCCUGGAUUUUACCAUUUGAGAAUUGCCUACUACGCCUCCAAGGGAUACCGAGGCUACUCCUACGACGACAUCCCGGACUUUGGCGACUGAGUGGAGAGAUCGUUGUAUUUAUAUCCCUUAAGUAUUGUCCGCUAUUGAUUUUGUCCUGUCCCCCCGCCCCCCAGAAUGUAGCAUACAAGAACCAAAAGUGUCCCCCUGGUCAGACACAGUGCUGUUUAUCCGCAGGUGCAGGAUUUGAAAUCAUCUCUCUGCUUCUGUCUGCUGCGCUCCGUAUAGAAGCUUAGAAAACCUUGCUGACAGUGAACCAAAGUGGCACAAAUAGCGCAGCUUCUUGCCUGCAUCCCAGCAGCUACAACAUGUUCUAAUCUCAAGAAAGCUGAAAACAGGUUUGUGCACUCAAAUCACUGCUGUUGCGUUACUAUUACAUGUAUGUCAUGUUUUAUGUCUUUUAAUGGAGCAUUUUCUCCCAAAGCUUUGUCUGUCACUGUUGUUUCAUAAUGUCCAUAUUUUGAAAUAUUUAUAUCUUUUCGCAGCACUAUGCAAAGACUGUUUGAUCCAAAUGCAGUUGUUCCCAAUAAUCUGCUGAGAACCACUGUCCUUUUCUGUGGACGUUUGUUUUGGGGCUUCUUUCUGAGUUACACAUUUCAGAAAUAUUAAUAUCCACUGCAAAGGUUCAUAGGGGCAUAUAGAGAUAUAUUUACAUUUGCAAGUGCCUACAAUGCAUAUUUUAAUAUAUAUCUAUGCUUGAUUAAAGAAUUUUGAUAAAUUCA